AUGCUUCAGAAGAAGACAUCCAAGGAAAUUAGAGAUUCUAUGAGGAGGAAGUAUGAAGGCUCAACGAGAGUAAAGCGUGCUCAACUUCAAGCAGUUAGAAGAGACUUUGAAAUUCUCCAAAUGCAAAAGGGAGAAACAGUGAAUGAUUAUAUUGGCAAGGUUAUAAGUCUUGCAAGUAAAAUGAGGAUGCAUGGCGAUUCAAUCACGGAUGUUGCGGUCGUAGAAAAGAUUUUGCGAUCACUAACUCCAAAGUUCGAUUCCAUUGUAUGUUCUAUCGAAGAAGCAAACAAUGUCGAAGAGAUGCAAAUAGAUGAACUCCAAAGCUCCCUGUUAGUACAUGAGAAGAGGCUCAAUCGUACAAGUUCAAUCGUGGGAGAGGCAGUCGAGAAAGAAGUGGAGAUGUUGCAGGGCAGCAGACCUAGUCAGAAACGAUUAUGA